UACAGGAGAUGACCAGAGACUGUGGACAUAGUACAGGAGAUGACCAGGGACUGCGGACAUAGUACAGGAGAUGACCAGAGACUGCGGACACAGUACAGGGAAUGACCAGAGACUGCGGACACAGUACAGGAGAUGACCAGAGACUGCGGACACAGUACAGGAGAUGACCAGAGACUGCGGACCUAGUACAGGAGAUGACCAGAGACUGCGGACAGUACAGGGAAUGACCAGAGACUGCGGACAUAGUACAGGGAAUGACCAGAGACUGCAGACAGUAAAGGAGAUGACCAGGGACUGCGGACAUAGUACA